AUGCAUCGGUUAAUUGUUUCCUGGUUUUGUCAAUGCUUGCUUUGUGGUGAUGAUGUGGAAUUCUUGCGUGCCUUGUGUGAUAACGAAAUUGUGAUCUGGCUCGGACGAGUGUGGACUCUUGUUCCAUCCAAACUCCAUCCACCUAGCAAGAUGGGAGGUGGCUUCAGAGUGCUUCACUUAGUUAGACCAUUUCUCUCAUUUCUUCCAGAAGUUCAGACUGCUGACAGGAAGGUUCCAUUUAGAGAGAAGGUCAUAUAUACUGUGAUAUCUCUAUUCAUUUUCCUUGUUUGCAGUCAGCUCCCUCUGUAUGGAAUUCACUCAACGACUGGUGCAGAUCCAUUCUAUUGGAUGCGUGUUAUCCUUGCUUCGAACCGUGGAACUGUUAUGGAGCUGGGAAUCACCCCCAUUGUGACUUCUGGGCUGGUAAUGCAACUUUUGGCUGGGUCAAAGAUCAUUGAAGUGGACAACAAUGUACGGGAGGAUCGCGCUCUCUUAAAUGGUGCUCAGAAGCUACUUGGCAUCUUGAUAGCUGUUGGUGAGGCAGUUGCAUAUGUUCUUUCUGGGAUGUAUGGUAGUGUGGGCCAACUUGGAGUGGGAAAUGCCAUCCUCAUCAUCCUCCAGCUCUGUUUUGCGGGUAUUAUUGUGAUAUGUUUAGAUGAGCUCCUUCAGAAAGGGUAUGGUUUGGGAUCUGGAAUUUCUCUAUUCAUUGCCACUAAUAUAUGUGAAAACAUCAUAUGGAAAGCAUUUAGUCCCACCACCAUCAAUAGUGGACGGGGAGCUGAAUUUGAGGGUGCUGUCAUUGCUCUAUUCCAUUUGUUGAUAACUAGAAUAGACAAGGUUCGAGCACUUCGUGAAGCAUUUUACCGGCAAAACCUUCCCAAUGUGACAAAUCUGCUUGCUACUGUCUUGAUCUUCCUAAUUGUGAUAUACUUCCAAGGUUUCCGUGUGGUUUUGCCCGUCAGAUCAAAAAAUGCCCGUGGGCAGCAGGGUUCAUAUCCAAUCAAGCUAUUUUAUACCUCCAAUAUGCCCAUUAUUCUUCAGUCUGCCCUUGUUUCCAAUCUCUACUUCAUUUCUCAGCUUCUACACAGAAAGUACAGUGGAAACUUCUUUGUCGAUCUAUUGGGCAAAUGGAAGGAGUCUGAAUAUGGAGGUGGUCAGUCUGUUCCUGUUGGUGGUAUUGCGUACUACAUCACUGCACCUUCCAGCUUAGCUGAUAUGGCAGCCAAUCCUUUCCAUGCAUUGUUCUACCUUGUGUUUAUGUUGUCAGCAUGUGCCUUGUUCUCUAAAACAUGGAUUGAAGUCUCUGGUUCAUCUGCUAGAGAUGUUGCAAAGCAGCUGAAGGAACAACAAAUGGUAAUGCCUGGACAUCGGGAGUCAAACUUGCAGAAAGAACUGAACCGAUACAUUCCCACUGCUGCCGCAUUUGGAGGCAUGUGUAUUGGUGCCCUGACAGUGUUAGCAGAUUUCAUGGGGGCAAUCGGUUCAGGGACAGGAAUAUUGCUCGCAGUAACAAUCAUAUAUCAGUACUUCGAGACUUUUGAGAAGGAGAGAGCUAGCGAGCUUGGCUUCUUUGGUUUCUAA